UAUAUCAAAGAGAAACAUGAAUUAAUCCCACCCAUUUCUUGUAAGAAAAUUGAAAUUGAAAUGAAAUGAAACUACUAUCUCUUCACUUUUGAAUCAUGCAUUAGUGGUAGUGGUAGUAGUAGUAAGAGAAUCAUUUCAAUUUCAUCGAAUAUCCUUAAAAACUCAGAGUCACGACACUCACGAGGUUAAGAGAUCCUUUCCGUCACCGUCAUGAACCCUCCUCCGCCGUGGACUCCCGAAGACGAUUUUCUCCUCAAGAACGCAAUUGAGGAUGGAGCUUCUCUGGAAUCGUUGUCCAGAGGAGUUGUUGCUUUCUCCCGGAGGUACUCCCUUGCGGAAUUGAGAGAACGCUGGGGUUCUCUUCUCUAUGAUUCUGAUGUUUCGGGUGAAGCUUCUGCUGCGAUGACCAAGUUGGAGAUCGCCAAGGCUAACGGUAACGAAAUCAAAGAAGCUUCCGCUGCAGACGCUGCUGCCCCAAAGAGGAAACGUCAGAGCAUUCGCAGGAUGUACUACACCAUGAGGAAGAAGAUUCGCACCGAGGUUUUUUUUAAUACUGUUGAUAUGGCUUUACAUGAUGAGAUGUGUAUUGAAAAUAAUGUCACUGAAAAAAAUAUUGGGGGGCCUGGGUUUAAUAAUAUUAAUCAUAGUUUAAAUAAGGAUGUCAAUAAUAAUUUGUUUAAUUAUGGGAAUCAAUUGGGGUUAGUGGGAUCUGGGGUGGGGUCCUCUCAUUCAAUGAGUGAAGAUCCACUGUGGAAGACAAUUGAGGAUGUCUCUGCGCCUAACAUGCCGGUUCAUGUUAGUCUUGAAAAUGAAAAUGGAGGUUCUGAGUCGAAAGAGAAGAUUCCCCAUGGUUCUGAUGCUCUCUUGAACUCUGCGAAUGGAGACGAGCUUAUGUUUAUGAAUAUAGAUGAGAAAGCUGAAACUGCCGCGAAUAAGAAGUCUGAUGAUAAUGUCGAGCGUUCUCCUUGUGGCAUUCAAGGCGAUGAUACGUCUGGUGUUGGUGAGCCUCAGAAGUUGGUUGCAGAAACAAAGCUUGCUAUGGCAAAUGGUCCGUCUGCUGAGUUAGAGGAUGUUGCCAUCUCGACAGGCAGCAGUCAAGGUGAUUCAGAUUUUGUUUUUGAUUGUGGAAAUGAAGUCCAAUCUUCUGGUGCAGCGCAAAGUUCUCACCCUAAGCCUGCAAAUGAAUUUAGGUUCUGUUCAUUGAACACUGAGGACCCUAAUGUCCCAUCUGAUGGCGCUGAGGAUGUAAAUGAAUCCACUGGAGUUCCUAUUUCAUUAAGUGCACCCGUUGUAGUAGUUCCUAGUUCUGUGAACGUAUCCUCUGUAGUAGGUCCUAGUUCUGCUAACAUAUCUGCUGUAGUAGUUCCUAAUAUCUUGACUCCAACACCCAUAUCAAUUGUUAAAGAGGUGGGUUAUCCAGAUUCCUCUAUCAGUAAUCAAAGAAGAAAUGAACCAGAUAGAAGCCUGAAGAGAAAAGACAUUCCAUCAAAGUCUUUUGUAGCUUCUCAGUCAGUUCGACCAGGAUUAGUGCCUAAUAUAAAUUCAAGGAAGGAAAACCGUGCUGCACCGAAAACUGAAAAUCCUGCAAAGAACUUGAUUUCUGCAGUUUCUAGACAGAGUAAUGUCAUUGUCAACCCAACUCAAAGCAGAAUAGUCCAUGCAAAUGCAAAGCAUUCCUCAUAUGGACUUCCGGCACAAGAGGUAAUUAUUGCUCUUCCUUCACCUGAUGAUACACAUCCAAAGGAAGAGGAACAUAAGAAUUUACCUGAUAUGGAAGCAAAAUUAAGAUGUAUCGAUCAGGAAAGAGGCGACGAUGACGACGAUGAUAGUGAUGAAGAUGAGAACGAUGACGAGCAUGAAAUUCCUUACUUUUCUGAUGUUGAGGGAAUGAUUCUUGAAAUGGACUUGGAUCCAGCUGAUCAAGAUACAAAUGCAAGUACCGAAGUCAUGAGAUUUCAAUGCGAAGAAACUAAGAGGACCAUCAUGAGAUUGGAGCAAUGUGCUCAGUCCUUUGUGCGUAGAAACAUUGCAUCUCGAGGUGCACUUGCUGUAUUAUAUGGGCGCAAUCUGAAGAAAUAUAUUUAUAAACCUGAGGUGAUAAUUGGCAGAUCAACUGAGGACACAGCUGUGGAUAUUGACUUGACUAGAGCAGGGCCAUAUACUCACAACAUCUCUAGAAGACAAGCUUCGAUAAGGCUGGAUGCAGAUGGUUCUUUCAUCCUCAAAAAUCUUGGCAAGAAAUCUAUAUUCUUGAAUGGGAAAGAAAUUCCUAAAGGACAUCAGCGGGGUCUGAGUGAUGGUAGUUUUAUCGAGAUUAGGGACCUGUCAUUCAUCUUUGAUUUGAAUAAGGAAUGUGUGGAGAGGUUUAUAGAAGAUGAGGAUGAGGAUGAACACAGAGAGAUGCAAGGAUGACAUUUACAAUGUUGUCCGAGAUUGUAGGAAGACAGAUGACAUUAAAAUGGGUUGUAGAAUAGCAUUAUGAAGGCAGCCAAAAUAGAAGUUACAACAGUUGUUAUAUUAUCAUAUUAAUGUUUUGUCAAAUCUAAGGUCAUAUCUGUACAAAUAGAUAGAAAAUAGAGAAACUAUAGAGAUAUGUAGAAAUAUGGCUGCUGCUCAUGUAUGGGGGAACUUGUUUUGAUGUCAUCAUGGUGUUCAAUGUUUUGUUGUUGUUUUCAAUAGUUUCUGUUUAGGGAUCUUAAAUGCCAAACAAUCAUCAAUAAAUUAUUCAAUGAAUUAAAGUUAUGUUAUGGUUUCCAGCAUUCUAA